AUGCGAAGAGUGGUAGUCACCGGUCUAGGUGCGGUCACGCCGCUGGGCGUUGGCAUCCGCAGAACAUGGUCGCGCCUCAUCGACGGCCACUGUGGCGUGGUCUCGGUCAGGGACCGUAGCCCUCAAUUUGCUGCGCUACCAAGCCAGGUUGCCGCCCUCGUCCCAUCCGGGCCCAAGGAAGACGGAGGGUGGAUGGCGAAAGAAUGGCUUCAACCCGGUGAUGAGCGCAAAAUGGCUCUCUUUGCCCAGUACGCCAUGGCCGCCUCGCAAGAGGCGCUCGAGGAUGCUGCGUGGCACCCGAAGAAAGAGGAAGACCUGGAGGCUACCGGUGUCUACAUCGGCUCCGGCAUCGGAAGCUUCGACGAUGUAUAUGAGACAUCCAUCGCGUAUGAGAAAGGCGGCUACCGAAAAGUCUCGCCGUUAUUUGUGCCUCGCCUCCUCAUCAAUCUCGCUGCAGGCCACAUCUCUAUGCGCUUUGGGCUGAAGGGCCCGAACCACGCAGCAACAACAGCUUGCACCACUGGCGCCCAUGCAAUUGGGGAUGCAGCUCGCUUCAUUUCGUAUGGUGAUGCAGAUGUCAUGGUCGCUGGCGGCGCAGAGUCCUGCAUUCACCCUCUAGCCAUUGCAGGUUUUGCUCGUGCCAGGAGCCUUGCGACGGAUUGGAACGACGCGCCUCAUCUUGCCUCUAGACCAUUCGACAAAGACAGGGCUGGCUUCGUGAUUGGCGAGGGUGCCGGUGUGCUUGUUCUCGAGGAACUCGAGCACGCGCAAGCUCGGAGAGCUAGAAUCUAUGCAGAGCUGAAAGGAUACGGUCUUUCGGCGGAUGCCCAUCACAUGACUGCUCCUCGAGAGGACGGAAGCGGUCCGCUUCUAGCAAUGAAGCGAGCUUUGAAGCAUGCGAAGCUACCGCCGAGCGCCGUUGAUUAUGUAAAUGCACAUGCAACAUCGACGGUUCUGGGCGAUGCGGCGGAGAACCUCGCCAUAAAAUCUCUUCUCUUGGGGGAGCAAGGUCGGCCAAAAGCGGCAGAUAUCAACGUCAGCAGCACGAAGGGGGCCAUAGGCCAUCUCCUCGGCGCUGCCGGGUCUGUCGAGGCAAUUUUCACGAUUCUUGCCAUUCACCACGGAAUUCUUCCGCCAACGCUGAAUUUGGAAACGGCCGGGGAUCCACCUGAAGAGUUUGACUGCAACUACGUUCCAAAGGAGGCACAGAAACGGGAAAUCGCGGUUGCUUUGUCGAAUUCGUUUGGAUUCGGAGGAACGAACGCUAGUUUGUGCUUUAGUAAAUGGCAGUAG